UCCGUUGCGAAAUCACCGCGCAUGCUCAGAUCAUUCUACAGCCCUGAGAAGUUGCUGUCAUGGCGGCCGCCACGCGUGUGCUCCAGGAAGGCAUCAGCCCGUCUAUAGUGGUGAUUUUAGGAGCUACGGGAACGGGCAAAUCCAAACUGGCUAUCGAGAUCGGGAAAAGGCUUAAUGGGGAAAUUAUAAGUGCCGAUUCCAUGCAGGUUUAUAAAGGGCUGGACAUCAUCACCAAUAAGGUUACAGAGGAGGAGCAAGCCCAGUGUCGCCAUCACAUGAUCAGCUUUGUGGAUCCAUUGGUUAGUGGAUACACUGUGGUGGACUUCAGGAACAAGGCUCUGUCUUUCAUAGAGGAUAUGCAUUGUCGGAAAAAGCUGCCCAUCAUUGUUGGAGGCACAAACUACUACAUUGAGUCCAUUUUAUGGAAAGUGCUCAUCGACACUGGGCAAGGGAGUGACAUGGAGUCAGAAAAGGGCGUGGCUUCUGAAUCAAAGGCAGAGCUUGAGAAACUGGGUGGUCCUGAGCUUCACAGGCUGUUGAAGGAGGUGGAUCCUGACAUGGCAGCCAUAUUGCACCCUCAUGAUGGACGCAAGAUUGCAAGGAGUCUGCAGGUGUUUAUGGACACUGGAGUUCCACACAGUCGGCUUUUGGAGGAGCAGCGAGGACAGGAUGGAGGAGAUUGUCUUGGGGGUCCCUUGCGGUUCCAGAACCCUUGCAUCUUCUGGCUCCACUGCAAAACGAAUGCUCUAGAUGAGAGGUUGGACAAGCGUGUGGAUCAGAUGUUGUCGCUUGGGCUGAUUAAUGAGCUCAAAGAUUUUCACCAACGCUUUAAUGAGAAGAAGAUCAAAGAGAACAGUCAGGACUAUCAGCAUGGCAUAUUCCAGUCUAUUGGCUUUAAAGAGUUUCACGAGUACCUGACAGCAAGUGAGAACGUCAGUCAGGAAGAACGUGAUAAACUGAAGAUUAAAGGGAUCGAGUCUCUCAAGCAGGUGACCCGCCGCUACGCCCGAAAACAGAACAAAUGGGUCCGCAACCGAUUCCUCAAGAGACCUGCUAGCAAUGUGCCACCAGUUUACGGUUUGGAUGUGACAGACGUGACCAAUUGGGAGACUACUGUACUUACUCCUGCUUUAGAGAUCCUGGACUGCCUCCAAAAGGGAGAGCAGCCGUCUGCACAGCCAAUCAGAGCAGAGGGGGUGGAGUCUUGCAACAAGAGGAGUCACCACAUGUGUGACCUGUGCGAUAAGGUGAUCAUUGGUGACUUGGAAUGGAUGGCACACCAGAAGUCCAAAAACCAUCUUUAUCAGGUCCGCAAGAGGAGAAAAGCCGAGCAAGCCUCCAAACAGGACCCAAACCCUACCGAACAUCAAAAUUUGGUGUGGGUGUGGACAGGGCAGGUGGAGGUGACGACGGUUGGGGAAUAUAACCACACUUCAUUACAGCCCAGUGCCAAGAUUUCCCUCGAACAAUAGAAAAAGGAUACGCACAACAACUACAUUGUUACCUAGACUGGGAGUUAUGGGAGUGUACUGAUAAAGCAGGCUAAUCAAACGGAGUUAAAUGAGACAGACGCACACUUCCAUCAACCCCUAAGGGCCCCUGUUGUAAAACACAGCCGGUAACUGUCACAGGGUCCAUGCCCUCCAGAUAGAAAAUCUCACACUUUACUUCCCUCUAUUCCUUGUUUUUCCCUUGAUGUCAGGGGUGGAACGACCUGGUUCAUGUUGGGCCGGUUUGUUCACCUGCCAACGGACUAGCUAAUCCUGAAUCUACCUGGAAAACACUCAAAAAUACAUAGCUCCCAGUCCAACAGGCGUCAUCUUCAGGAAGGAUGAUACAGCUUUCUCAGAGUCUCGAUGUACAGAUGUGAGAUGAUGGACUGCCUGCAUCUGUACUGGGUCAGCACUGGACGUGUGUAGACAUGUCAGCUCGGUUUAUGACAGGAUAAUCAGUCACUGAUAAAAUAUUUAUUUUCAGAUGGAUGAGAGUCUUGAAUGUACAAAGGGCUGCAAUAAACAUUUAAUCCACCUAUGAAUAAUGCAGUGCCGAUGACUAGUGAGCUUUAGUUUGUUCGAUUGUAAUUACAUUAAGGGUGCGUUCAAGAACCAAGUGGUUAAAUCAUUAGACAUAAUCAUUAUUAGUGUCAUUACUUAAUUAGGUUAAUGUGUCACAACAACACAAAUAUGAACACAACUUGUUACCUGGUGCGUUUUUGGUAUAAAAACAUUGUGCAGUUCUUUUCUUCUAUAUAUUUUUUUCUGAAUUUUUACAAAGGCCUGUGUAUGAAUCAUGUGUGUCCACUUUGUCGUAGCUCUUUUCACAGCUUUCCAAUAAUAACUGCGCACGUCAUCUCUCAUCUCCUGUUGUUCUUUUGUCCCUGAUUACUAAAGCUUUCUCUGCACUAAUAUCAGCCAGACCUUCCUCAGACUCACUGGGGCUUCUGUAAAGACGUGGUAACAUUUAUGUACACAUGAAAUAUGUGGGUGUAAAUGUUUUAAUAAGAGCUUAAAUGAAGCUAUAAAAAUGUUAGGGCCCCUUGAUACUGUAGGGCUGUGAAUAUAGACAAGACGGCUCAAUUUUAGUACGUUGCUGCCCCCUUGUGGUUGGAUGUAAAACUUAAAUACACUGUUGCUGAGAUUUAGUGCUGCAUUAAAAAGUCAUGUUUUUGGAAAUAGCGUAACAGGUUAAAUUCUUGCUACUGCCAAAAUACCGACAUACUAGUGUUAGUCCAAGAGGAGAACAAUACCUUUACAUUAAGCUCUUUUUGUCUACUGAAAACCAGGUGUAGAGAAAACACUUGCACAUUGCAGUUUUCCCUCAGCAAACUCCUAAUUUGCUGCUCAUACUAUAGUAAGGUAGUUGUUGUAGUGGUUAUGUGUAGGUAGGGGUAGCGAUAAGGCAUCUAAAAUAUAGUC